AUGGUGAGUGGCGAGUCUGAGGGCAUUUUGGCUUUCAGAACAAAGGGAGAUGCUGAUCAUUAUUUCUCCCAAACAGAUGAGGCAUCGCUCCUCCCCCGUAAGUUCCUUAUCGACGUCGACGACACGCUGGAAGCCUUGUUGGAAAGGGAGGAUACGGAUAAGAACAUGCAGAUCACAAUCGAGGAUGCGGGGCCGAAGGUCCUGCCAGUUGGAACGGCUGCUUCCUCUGGAUACCGCAAGUUUGAUGUGCGGGGGACGUACAUGCUCUCCAAUCUUCUCCAGGAGCUCACGAUCGCUAAAGACUACGGACGCAAACGAAUCGUUCUGGAUGAAGACCGCCUGAGCGAGAAUCCCGUCAACCGACUCUCGCGGUUUAUUAAGAAGUCUUUCUGGAACGCUCUGACUCGCCGGAUUGACGGAUCGAACAUUGCUGUCGCGGGGAGAGACCCAAAGGAUUGGACCGACGAUCCACGACCUCGUAUCUAUGUGCCGCCGGGAGCGCCGGAACAGUACGAAUACUAUAAGCGGAUCGCGGAGAAGCAUCCAGAGCUGCGCUUGGAUGUGCAGAUGUUGGAGGCGAACAUCACCCCUGAAUACGUUAAGAAUCUCAACAGCAAACCAGGUCUGCUGGCUCUAGAGAUGGAGGAGUAUAUCAACCCAGAGACGGGGGAGAAGGACUUGCGGGGCGUGCCAUUCGUUGUACCAGGAGGCCGAUUCAACGAGCUCUAUGGGUGGGAUAGUUACAUGGAGUCGCUUGGCCUGAUCGUUAGCGAUCGGGUGGAUCUUGCAAAGGCUAUGGUGACCAAUUUCUGUUUCUGCAUAAAGCAUUAUGGCAAGAUUCUCAACGCCAAUCGAUCCUACUACCUGUUGCGAUCCCAGCCGCCGUUCCUAACCGACAUGGCCCUGCGUGUGUACGACAAGAUAAAGUCGGAACCCGAUGCGUUAGAGUUCCUUCGCAAGGCGAUCCUUUCUGCGAUCAAGGAGUACUACAGCGUUUGGAUGGCAGAACCGCGCUACGACAAGGUCACUGGCUUGUCGCGAUACCGCCCGGAAGGUCUUGGUGUUCCGCCAGAGACGGAAGCAACUCACUUCUUGCAGCUCCUCAUGCCCUAUGCGGAGAAACAUGGUCUGAGCUUCAAGGAAUUUGUCCAGGCCUACAAUGAUGGAGUGAUCAAGGAACCGGAACUCGACGAAUACUUCCUCCACGAUCGGGCCGUCCGUGAAUCUGGGCACGACACCACGUAUCGGCUGGAAAGGAUCUGCGCCAAUCUUGCAACUAUUGAUCUGAAUUCCCUUUUGUACAAGUAUGAGGUGGACAUCUCGCGAACGAUCCGUACCUACUUCAACGACAAGCUGGAGAUCCCACCCGAGUACCGCACUCCGGCGACAGAGAACGUCGAGUUUGAGACAUCAGCAGCAUGGGACCGACGUGCGAGGAAGAGGAAGAUAGCCAUCGAUAAGUAUCUAUGGAACGAGGAAGAGGGAAUGUUCUUCGAUUAUGACACCGUCAAGCAAGAGCAAAAGUCUUAUGAGAGUUGCACCACCUUCUGGGCGAUGUGGGCCGGACUGGCAUCCCCGGCACAAGCGGCCAAGCUGGUCGAGAAGGCGCUCCCGCGAUUUGAGUGCUAUGGUGGUCUGGUGUCAGGAACGGAGGAAUCGCGAGGUCCCAUCAGCCUGACUCGUCCCAAUCGGCAAUGGGACUACCCCUAUGGCUGGGCGCCUCAGCAGAUGCUUGCGUGGACUGGCUUGAUGCGGUACGGGUAUCAGGAAGAGGCCGAGAGGCUCGCCUAUAAGUGGCUGUUCAUGAUCACGAAGGCUUUCGUGGACUUUAACGGCGUGGUGGUCGAGAAGUAUGACGUGACUCGGCCAAUCGACCCUCACCGGGUCGAUGCUGAGUACGGCAACCAGGGCGUCGACUUCAAGGGUGUUCCACGGGAAGGAUUCGGGUGGGUCAAUGCCAGCUAUGUAUAUGGACUGGAGAUCCUCAAUGCCCAUAUGAGACGGGCUCUCGGGGCUAUCACUCCAUAUGAAACAUACAGCCGGGCUGUUGAUUUGCAGUAUCCUUACUGA